UUGCUUUUCAUUUCCGCGCUGUGACAGUCCUGAGAUUGGGGGAUUUAUGCAUUUUUACGCGUGAUUCCCGCCCCGCCACGGCGACGGUAAUUGUUUCAUAAUAUGUCCGUCGCUGUAGGGGAUGCGCUGCUUUGCACCAAGCCGAGAUCAAGUUCCACUAGUUGAAACGUCGGCGGGGAAGAUAAAGCCCGUGCGUGCACAGAGGAUAUCGUGCGGCCGGAGAGAAGCGGCUUUUCCGGAUUCUCCUGGAGGACGCUGAUCUCCGCUCGAUUUCUUUCUACCUAUCUUUUCUUUUUCCUUUUUUUUUUUUUCUGGACGAUCUGGCGACUGAAAUAAAGAGACCUUGGGCAGAUCUAUACAUAAACUGGCACACGCCGCACCACUGGCGGCAGACGAGGAGGGGAACCCGUGCCUCCUCUCCUCUUCUCCCUCCUGCUCCCGCCAGUGCGCACGGGAUGAGAGUCACAGUUGAGAUGAACGCGGCGGGUCUCGUCUGAUGUGGGAUUACCGACUCUUCCCUCGCCCCCCGUCCUCCACCAUGUUCGAACUUUGGUUCUGGCUCUUUUUCCGAGACGAUGCCGCCGAUCGCAGCCGCCGCUGGAGGAACGCAGGACCCGCCGCGCUGGCUGUCACGUUACCGGCCUGAAUGAAGACUGCGUGCGCGCCUUCUCCGCUGCCCGCUUUAUGGAGCUAAACGCCGCGACCUGACUUUUAAGGAUUCUUUUUUUUUUCUCUUUUUUUUCCUUCUUAUUAUUUAUCCUUUUCCUCCCUCUCCACCUUUUUUGACAACCUCUCUCUCUUUCUGUAUCUCUCUCUCGCUCUCUCUCUCUUUUUUUUUUGGUACUGAAACGGGAAGGGCGGACGGUGAAAUCACGAAAUCCCGUGUUUUUUCCACCGAGGUUGGAGGAGGAAAAAAAAAAGAAAGAGGGGGGGCACAGCCGUGAUUUUUUUUCUUUUCUUUUUUUUCGGGAUGCUUUGGCGUUCACCGGGAUCAGAACGAUGACACCUCAUACUGGCACCGCACUUGAGUGAGCUGGGGCACCCUCUCCCAGGAAAAAUGCAUAUCUGGAUCCUAAAAAUAAUCCUUCUGAUUGCAUCAUCUCUGAGGCUGGUCGAGAUGUAUGACAAUUAUGGGGAGAUCUGUCGAAACCUGUGCACGUGCGAGGAGAAGGAAGGGAUCCUGACGGUGAGCUGCGAGAACCGGGGGAUCAUCAGACUGACGGAGGUCAGCCCGGUCCAUUUCUCCAUGUACCACCUCCUGCUGACGGGGAACCUCCUGAAGAAGCUGUCAGUCAAUGAUUUCAUCAACUACACCGGGGUGACCAUCCUGCACUUGGGGAACAAUGAUAUCUCCGAGAUAGAGUCGGGUGCCUUCAAUGGACUCCAGGGAUUAAAAAGGUUGCACCUGAAUAACAACAAGAUCGAAGUUCUGAGGGAUGACACCUUCGCAGGACUGGAGAGUUUGGAAUACCUACAGAUUGAUUAUAAUUACAUCACCAAUAUAGAGCCCAACGCCUUGAGCAAGCUACACCAACUGACGGUGAUGAUUUUGAACGACAACCUGCUCUCCGCCAUGCCCCCGAAUAUCUUCCGGAAUGUUCCCCUCACGCACUUGGACCUGAGGGGGAACCGGUUAAAAAUGUUCCCCUACAUCGGCCUCCUGGAGCACAUGGACAAAGUUGUGGAAUUACAACUCGAGGAGAAUCCGUGGAAUUGCUCCUGCGAGCUCAUCGCUCUGAAGGCCUGGCUGGAGAGUAUAGCCUACACGGCUCUGGUGGGAGAGGUGGUGUGCGAGACGCCGUUCAGGCUCCACGGGAGGGACCUGGAUGAGGUGUCCAAGCAGGAACUCUGCCCGAGAAGACCCCUGGAAGACACAGUCAGGCCCGCCGCCCCCAGCAGCACUAAUGGAUAUUACCAGACCACACCUGCUGCUGUGACAGCCUCCGCCACCUCCUCAGCUGUUUUUAGGUCCUCCUCCAGGCCUACUAAGGGCACACGGCAAUUUAACAGAACUAGGUUAAAGCCCACUUCCCGGUUUCCAGGCGCUAACCCUUACAACUAUGGCCCCAUCAUUGCUUUUCAGACCAAAUCUCCUGUGCCUUUGGACUGUCCCACUGACUGCACGUGCAAUCUGCAGAUAUCUGAAAUCGGGUUAAAUGUCAACUGUCAAGAGAGAAAGAUUGAAAGCAUUUCUGAUCUGAAACCCAAGCCAUACAAUCCUAAAAAGAUGUAUCUCACUGGAAAUUACAUCCCUGUGGUGCGGAGAUCAGAUUUUGUCGAUGCCACUGGAUUGGAUUUGCUUCACUUGGGAAACAACAGAAUAAGUCUGAUCCACGACCGCGCUUUUGGGGAUUUAACCAACCUGCGUAGGCUGUAUUUGAAUGGUAAUCUCAUGGACAGGCUUACAGGAGAGAUGUUUUAUGGUUUGCAGAACUUGCAGUACCUCUAUUUAGAGUACAACAAAAUCAAGGAGGUUGAUGCGGGCACGUUCCGCUACCUCCCUAAUCUCCAGCUGCUUUUCCUCAACAAUAACCUCCUGAAAACCUUACCUGUGGGCAUCUUUUCCAGCCUCUCCCUGUCUAGGCUUAAUCUGCGCAACAACUACUUCCAAAACCUGCCUGUGAGUGGUGUUUUGGAUCAGCUGAAGCUGCUGGUGCAGAUAGAUCUGUUUGAAAACCCCUGGGACUGCUCCUGCGACAUAGUAGGGAUGAAGAUAUGGCUCGAGCAACUCAGCGCAGGCACUGUGGUUAACGAGGUAGUGUGCCAGACGCCCAGACGCCACACGGGGAUGGACGUGCGCUCGAUUGAGUCGGAGCUGCUCUGCCCUGACUAUUCUGACGCCUCCGUCUCUCCGACCACCCUCACGGAGGAGCCCAUGGACGACAGGGUCGUCACCACAGACGCCCCGCGGAAGUUCAACACCCCCAGCAGCACCGUGCCCCUCUCCGUCCUCAUCCUCAGCCUCCUGCUUGUUUUCAUCAUGUCUGUCUUUGUGGCCGCGGGGCUGUUUGUUGUGGUGAUGAAAAAGCGCAAAAAGUCCCAGAGUGACCGCACGAGCACCAACAACUCAGACGUCAGCUCUUUCAACCUGCAGUACAGCCUGUACAGCAACCGCUCUGGCCCCAAAGUUAAAGCCCCAGCCGGUCACGUCUACGAGUAUAUCCCCCACCCCAUGGGCCACAUGUGCAAAAACCCCAUUUACAGGUCACGAGAGGGAAACACAGUGGAGGAUUACCGUGACCUCCACGAGCUCAAGGUCACGUACAGGAGCGCCCCAGAUGACGAGAGGGAUAGCAGUACGAUGAGGAGCCCUGCAUACAGUGUCAGCACCAUCGAGCCGCGUGACAACCCCUCCCCUGUCCAGGACGCUGACCACUUCUUCAGAGGCAUCCUCGAGCCCGAUAAGCAGCCCCAUCAGUCCAUGGCAUCCAUCCCAGCAGGUGCUAAUUUAGAGUACAAGUACACAGGGCCCGUGUCGUACUCGUACGGCCCGAAUUUUGAUGUCAGACGUCAGUUCUUGCACCCGGAGAGGAUAAGAGAAACAGUGCUCUACGGCACAGCACCCAGUACUGUUUAUGUUGAGCCCAACAGGAAUGAGUAUUUGGAGCUUAAAGCUAAACUUCAGUCUGAGCCCGAUUACCUCGAAGUUCUUGAGAAACAGACCACCUUUAGCCAGUUCUGAGCAACAGAGUCAUUAAUGUAAUGAAGCGUUUUCUCUCCUGACCCUCCUUGCAACGGUGGCUCAGUUUAUAGGGUGCCUUGGCACGACACAAACAAAAGCAAAAGGAGUCUCAAAACGGGGUGUGCCGAACAAUCUUAUUCUUCUUUCUGAAACAUGACAUUUACAGGAAUGGAUACAGCUUUCUGAAAACUCGGAUGAACAAAAAUUGCUCUACUUAACUGAUGAUGCAAAAUCUAUUUUUCUAUGGUGAAGAUCGAAUAACACACAAAAAUGUAAGUGUACAGGUAAAUCUUACCCAACUUUCAUUUUCAGGAAUAUAACCAUACAUAAGGUAUAUUGUGAAUCAGAAAAGAAAUGUUUAUAUAAAAAAAAAACAAAAAAAUCACUCCUGGACAAAAACACUGUACAGCAGAUCAUCAAAACUGUGUAGGACUAUUUUCUGCUGUAGUCUGUAAGUAAGUAUUUAUUGAUAUAAUCUGCCAUGUCUUUUCAAAACUUUUGAUUCUACAUCAAUAUUACCUGUGUCAUCAUACUCCAUGAUCCUCUGGAAAGGCUUAUGUUUGUAGUUUCAUUUACUGUAGCUCUGCAUUGUAAAAGUGGCUUUUUUUGGAAGUGGCACACCCCCAAAUGUCCAACAAAGACUGCGUCAUUUGAAGAAGAUGAACAAAAAAAAAAAAAAAAAAAAAAAAAAAGUGUCUUUGUAUGCUUUCUGCACUUUUUGGAAUUGGAAGGCGAGUUAGCCUUUGAUGAGCUCUCAUAAAGGAGAUUAUUAUAUUAAAAAUGAAUAUGGGUAUUCAUUCUUAAUAUGUAGAAUUGAAAUGUUAUCAAAACAAAAAUUCAUAAAUGAUAUUUGAAGUAUUAAUUAUGUUGUGUAAUACUGAUAUUUUAAUCAAUGUAACACCUAUUUUUAUACAAGCAUUCGCAGAUUCUCUAUCCCUUAUCGAUUUUAUUUGUUCUGAUUGCUUUGCACUUAAUGCACUAUAUUGACCAAACUAUGUUAUUGUCAUCAAAUAAACAUGAUGUCAGGUUCAUAUAAUGUGCUUAUGAGGAAAUUAAGGCUGGUUGGUGGUAAUAUGAAGGAGGCCAUUUUAGAUUUGGUCCAAUUUCUGACUUUGAGAUUCAGACAAUGUGAAUCGAAACAGUGUGCACCACCGAAGGAGAGCUUGAAAAGAGGGUUCCAGGGCUAAAAGCUAUUUUAUUUUGUAAUCAAUCACAAUAUAUUGGAUGAUAAGAGCUGAGACCAUAAAGAUACAGUAUAUUUGCCUCACUCCAAGGGGCAGCGAGUAACUCAGUGAGGAUUAGAAUCAAUGGGUUUCAAUCAAUGAGCAUUAUCUGAGGCUGUCUCUUUCACAAUUACACCACGACAACAGCAACCACAUUGCCGUCUGGCAAGUGAUGACUUGGUCAUUUAAAUAAACCUCAUUGGAGUUGACUUGAAAUUAAAAUGCCAUUUGAGUGGUCUGACAUUGCCAAUGGGUGUAAACUUUGACACUGAUUGGGACGCACAGCUGCUGGAUUCGGGCUUUGAUGUCUCAACUAUUUCUUAAUCUAUCAUGUUUGAUCGGAUUGUUUCAUGAGCGAUCAUCUUUUUAGAUAUCUUUCCAAUGAUAUUAAGGAAACGUGUUGAAAAUGCUGCUUGGUUUUUUAAAUCUUUGAAGCGCUUGUUUGGAUUUUUUUGGUUAAAGUCCAACUGAAAUCACAUCUAGUCAUCCCCUUUUCUAGCAGAAAAAAAAAUAUGUCAAUGUGUUUUUAAAAUGUAUUGUUGAUAGUUUAUUGUUAUUAAAAAGGAAGGAAAAAAAAAAAAAGGUCUGGGGAAAUAUCGGAAAUGCUCCUUUUUAUGUCAGCCAGCUGAAAGGGCGUGUCUAUGUCUGUGUUUGAUUGGCAGGCUGAGUACCUGCAAAGACUAGCAAAACAAGUAAACACACUGUAGCCCUACAAGUCAUGUGUAGACAGCAAGUAAAGACCACCACCUAAGGACCAGAGGUGAAAUUUGCAGUAGGGAUGCAACAAACUAUUAUUGUCAUUAUCGGUUAAUCAGAAGAUUAUUUUAUCAUAGGUAACAAAGAAUAGCAACAAAUUGCACAUUUGAGAAGCUGGAACUUAAAAGGUUUGACAUCUCUGUGUAAAAAUAGUAAGGCCUUAAAAUAACCGUCAGUCAUAAAUGGUCAUGCAAAGUUAAUUACUUUUUAAUUAAUAAUUACGUAACUGUUAAUGAACAAUGACAUGUUUUAUAAACACAGUAAGUACUACCAUGGUACCAAAACAUGUGUAUAGAUAAACUCUUCAGCUCAGUUUCAUUUACAGUGAACAUUUGCUUAAUAAAGCAUUUCGCUGUUUGGUAACAGUGAAAUAACAAUUAACUAAUGCUUGAUCAACUAUACAUUUACCAUUUUAUGAUAAUGAAUGAUAAAGAACUGAGAUGAUUCAGCGGUUAUCAAAGUAGAUGACAAUGAAUGUUCUUUGGAUCAACUCGUCAAUUAAUUACCAAUGGACGCAUUUAAAAUGUCCGGUGUUCUGCAGCGAAUCAGCUGUGUAGCCCACAAGCUGACAGUGGAAAUGCACCUUUUUUUCCCACGGUGAAUGUUUGUUUAGCUGCUCGUUCAUCAAGGUGCAGAACAAGACAUUCAGUCCAUCGCUCUCGUGUUGUGUAGCAGGCCAGAGUCUGCCUCGGUGUGACAUCUGCCUAUGACCAAACACUGACGAUGUCACUGAUCGGCUGUGUUGAAAUAAGAAAAGGUGUUUUGUCAGAUUAAGCCAAAAGUAAGUCAAACUAUGAAUUCCUCAAAGGAGAGCAUGUGGUGCACAGAGCGGAUAUGUGUGCUGUAGCAGACAAGUAACAUAUGCAAGUUAAUUUCAGUUGGACUUUAAGUUACUCUUCACUUGACCCACUUAAAUCCGGAAUGCAAAGUAGGCCUAUAAAAAUGCAAAGGAUGCACAGUGCCACCAUUUUCAGAGCGCUGCGAGCGUCACCAUUUAAGAAUGCAAUGUUCCCUAACUCAGACAGGCAGAAAUCUCUCUGGAGAGGGAGGCAGGAGGAAAGAAAAAAAAAAAAAGCCUGUCCAUGUCAGCCACCUUAAUCUGUCACUUAAUUUUCUCAUUUGGGUUUUUGUGAAUUUAUAAUUAGCAGAACAAAUUGCACUUCUGUCAGCGAAGAUCUGCUGAAAUAAAUGUAUUUUCCAGC